AUGCGUCGAAGGCCCCUUUGCUCCCGAAGGCAAGUGAUUGGCAGCUUCACCACUUCGCCGUCCAUGGAAGGAUUCAACUCCUUGGGCUCUGGACUACUAUCCUCAUCCUUCUUGAUUUUGGCCGUUGGGUGGCACCACUAUGGAAAGGAAGAUCUGGAGGGCGACAGGAAGAUCUGCAGGGCUGUCGAGGCCGCUGGUGUUUCGACCUCCAGAAGGCAGACUUUGGUGGUGGGUAACUUUGACCUUCAGAAGGAGCAUCGCUGUCCAGAUCCCUCUUCUGCCGGGCAGCUCUGCCACGCCGGAUGA